AUGACAAAUGGCAAGGACGGUAGCGCCACGGAACCUUUGGCCGGAUCUCGAUUCGGAAUUGAUAGCAGUGAAAUCUUGGAAAGUUUGAAUCGAUGCGAAGACGGAGAAGAUGAAAGUCUUGUGUUCCAGCUUUGUCAAUCCGAUUCACUUUAUCCCGUUUAUUUUGUCCAUAUGAAUUCUGGACGUUUGAAGUCAGCAUUUACGUGCCUAUUGGUACUGUCCAGUGCGGAAACAGUCAUCACAAUAGCGUAUGGUAUAUGGCCAAUAGUGGUGAUAUUAACAUUGUUAGAUGCAUUUAUAGUGGCAUUACUGGUAUGGAGACGUCAAGAUCAUAUAUUGCUGUCAUGGAUUGUCAUCGGAUGCAGUGUCUUAAUGCUCAUAUCAGCACCACUAUCAUUAUUGUCAUCGUUCGCUCUUCUAAUCCUAUUCCUUUGUUACACCUUAUUACCAUUACAGCUGAUACAUUCUGUUACUGCUGCGUCACUAAUCACUGUUACUGUUCUAGCACUUCAUAUUUAUCAAGUUCAUACUUUCAGACAGGUGAUAAUUGAAUUUCUGUUGUUAGUAGCUAUGAAUAUUAUCGGAUUCUUCGUUUAUUAUCCCACAGAAUUGGUGCAACGGAAAACAUUUCGGCAAACAAGGAGAUGUGUUGAAGGACGAAUCUUGUUGCUGAGGGAGAAUAUCAAACAAGAAGAUAUUCUCUUGUCGGUGCUACCGCGACAUAUAGCCAACGAUGUGCGACGAGACAUUGCUGUCGAAGGGCACGAAUCAACAAUAUUGGUGAGAGAUGUGACGGGCGUCAAUGUGAAUAUGCGUGUGGGCAUUCAUACGGGUCGUGCACACUGCGGUGUAUUGGGACUUAAAAAAUGGCAAUUCGAUGUAUGGAGUGACGACGUGACGUUAGCGAAUCACAUGGAAGGCGGAGGUCUUCCAGGACGUAUUCAUAUAACGGAAGCAACACUGAACUGGUUAGGUGAUGCGUAUCAUGUUGAGCCAGGUUAUGGCGAGCAACGUUCGAAAUACCUUGCUGAGCAUCAUGUCAAAACUUAUCUGAUCGUCGAUGACGAUCAACGAGUUGAUAUACCACAAAGUGAUGAACCAUUUGGUGAGAAAGGAUUGCGAGUCACUGGCUAUUCCAGGCAAAAAAUGUGUAAACGAGGAAAUAGUGUAAGCAAUUUGCAACGGAAACCGAAGACGACACUCAAAUAUUACUUAUUCAGACGAGUUGUCGAGCAACCUCAACCGCUUGAGAUAGAGGUUGAGAACUAUUUACUGCAAGGAAUCAAUGCGAUAAGUAAAGAGGCUUGGAAGUCUUCGUAUUUCAAUCCGAUCACGUUGAUGUUUCGCAAAAAGAAAAUGGAACAGAAGUUCAUCGAAUUCAACGAGGAAACAUUACUUGUGCAAAUAGCCUGUGUAUUGGCUGUUUUUAUCCUGUGCGCUAUUGUUCUGAUUAUAGAUGAUCUCGGCUCAUAUAAUCCGCUGGCUGAUAUUCGAGUGUUUUUCACAAUGGUCACUAUAUUCGCAUUUAUACUUACUGUUAUUCAAAGUAGACGAUCGGAGUUGAUUGCCAGACUCGACUUCAUUUGGAAACUUCAGGCCCUUGACGAGAAGAGAGAAAUGGAAAAGAAACAUGCACAAAAUCGUGCUGUACUCGAGAAUAUUCUGCCUGCUCAUGUUGCCGAGCACUUUCUUCGAGAAAAUCUAUCGCAAAAAUCGGAUCUGUAUCACGAGGGUCGCGAUAACGUGGCUAUAGUGUUCAUAACGAUCACUGAAUUCGAUAAAUUCUAUAUGGAACUUGAUGCGAACAACGAAGGAGUCGAGUGCUUGAGACUGCUCAACGAGAUUAUUGUCGACUUUGAUACGCAACUCGAUCGAGACGAGUUCAAGUCUAUCGAAAAGAUCAAAACCAUAUCAACCACUUACAUGGCUGCAUCCGGCCUAACUGGACAGGUUUACGGCAACACUCACGUUGUGGCCAUUGCCAAAUUCGCAAUUCGUUUACUGGCGUUGAUCAAGUACAUCAACGAACAUUCCUUCAAUAAUUUCAAUCUGAGAAUCGGUAUCAAUGUUGGUCCAGUGGUCGCUGGUGUCAUUGGUGUUAAAAAGCCACAUUACGAUAUUUGGGGCAAUUCAGUGAAUGUGGCCAGCAGAAUGGACAGCUCAGGAAUUGCGGGCAAAAUACAGGUAACGGAAGAGACGCGAAAGAUCUUAGAAGAGGAAGGUAUAGAAUGUGAAUGUCGGGGCGUGAUCAAGGUGAAAGGUAAAGGCGAUAUGACCACGUAUUUUAUUAAAAUACCACCCAGUGAAUCUGAAAUUGAUUUCAACAAAGAGAUUUCAUCGCAGUCUUAA